AUGUCUCAGUCAAAGGGCCGGCCGGGCAGACAUGAAAGUGAAAAUGGACCGGAGCUAAAGUGUGUUGGGCAGCCGGACUAUCGUCAGGAUUAUCGAAUCGGGCCUCAGGAUUGUCGGGUCACUUUUGGUCCGAGUGCUGCUCGUGUGCGGGUCUACUGGGAUUGCACGGUAGGUCGUUGGCUGGGAGCUGAUACAUCGAUGGGAACCAUCACGAGUGGUCUAGUGCUGCUCGUGGUUGUUCUCGGAGGUGUGGGACUUGGUGUACUUAUAGGCUACAAUAGAGACCCUGAGGAGGGGACUAAAAACUACGGAAUCCAGUACCAAUAUAAUGAGGACUCAAUACUGAUAGGCUAUACGGACAGAAUUUUCUCACGGUCAUCUAAAAAGCAAGACUGUGUGGAGCAAUCUUCUGCAGAGGCUGAGUACGUUGCAGAUGCACUAACGACAAGUCAAGCUAUUUGGCUAAGGCGAAUUCUUGGAUACAUGGGAGAACACCAAGAAACGCACGCACUCAAGAGGCACGAGAAGGGAAGAUGGGUCUCUGGCCUGGUGGCGAUGUUCUCAGCCCGCAGCGGUGUGGAGGAGUUGGAGAAUGAGAAUUAG